AUGGCUCCAAUCACCACUAAAAAAUCCAAACAAGUUAAAAAAUUCGUUGUUGACUGUUCAGCUCCAAUUGAAAACGAUGUUUUCGACCAAGAAGCUUACGUCAAAUACUUAGUUGAACACAUCAAAGUUGAAGGUAUUGUCGGUAACUUAGGUGAAGAAAUUUCAGUUUCAGCUGAAGGUAACAAAGUUGUUGUUGUUGCUAACACCAAAUUCUCCGGUAAAUACUUAAAGUACUUAACUAAAAGAUACUUAAAGAAAAACCAAAUCAGAGAUUGGAUCAGAUUCGUCUCCGUCAAAACCAACCAAUAUAAAUUACAAUUCUAUAACGUUGGUGAAGAUGAAGAAGAAGAUGAUGAAUAA